CAUCUUCUGCCCUGCGCCGCGUGUUCAUAACCUGCCGCGCUGCUUCCCGGUUUAUAAGAUUACUCACUCUUCCCUUCUCUUCUUCUUCCUCUUCCUCCUCCUCCUCUCCCUCUUCCUCACCACCGCCCUCAUGCCGGACAUCUACACCUACCCCCACCCCUGGGCCGUCCUCGACUCCCUCACCUCAGACCUCUCCAGUCGCUCCCACCUCCGUCUGCAGUAUGCUCAGCGCAAAGCUGCCCUCGCCGCCCUCGACACCGGCGCCCGACCCACUCCCGCCUCCGCUCCAGCAUCUCCCUCCUCUCCCUCAGAUCAGCCUCUGCCCUCCGUCGAGCAGCUACUGAAAACCCACACCGCCCCUCCCGGCGUCUCCGUCGACUCCUCCUCCCACCCCCACACCUUCAAUCCCCUCGUCGACGUCUACGACUUCCCCAACUGCUACCUCGUCCAGGCCUCCAUCCCCGGCGUGCAAGUCUCUGACAUCCUCGUCGAUUUUGACAACCGCUCCUCCAUCCUCACCAUCGCUGGCGCCGUCCACCGCUCCGCCAUAUCCCCGAGCUUCAACCUCUGCUCGCCACUCGCCACGCGCGCCCGCCUCGUCUCGCAGCGCGAAGUCGGCCGCUUCGAGCGCUCCAUCCGCUUGAUCAAAGACGUCCGUGUCGCUGCAAAUGACGCCAGAGCAAAAUGCAAGGAUGGUGUGCUUGAGAUCAUCGUGCCCAAGAUUCCUGACGACUCUCUUCCGUCGCCUUCUCUGGGCCCCGAUGAUCUCGACGCAGAGUUUUGUGAUGCCGAGACCGAGGAGGCAACCGGUGCAGAGGCGUGAUCUGCUGCAUUAUGUUUUGUAUAUUUAUCUAAAAUCCUGUAUAUAUCUUGUCUGUUUUUGUUUUGAUCUAUUAUUGCGUUGGGGAGUCGGUUUUUGUUCCAUUAUUCCAUCUUGCACGUUUCUUUAGCUACAGCUCGAAUGCAUCUCGCACAGUUCUUUACUCUGCUAUCUUCCUCUCACCUCUUCAUCACCACAUCCACGCGUCCUCACAUCCCAUCCACACUGGAAUGCCCUACUGUAUCAAACUCGACAGAAUCCGCAAAAGACGCGCGUUGGCCCACAAAAUCACGCGCUGACCUCCCAAUCCGUCCAAAAAUAAAUGUCACGUGA